AUGAUAAGGCAAAUCUUGCGAGAGAACAGCUGCUUACAAACCUUGUUACAGCAUUUGAAGUCACACAGUUUGACAAUAGUCAGUAAUGCAUGUGGGACCCUGUGGAAUCUUUCUGCACGAAAUGCAAAAGAUCAGGAGGUGCUGUGGGACAUGGGAGCAGUGAGCAUGCUCAAAAAUCUCAUUCACUCAAACCACAAAAUGAUAGCAAUGUGCAGUGCUGCAGCUCUAAGAAACCUGACGACAAAUAGGCCAGCAAAAUAUAAGGAUGCCAACAUUAUUUCUCCAGGAUCAAGCUUACCAUCUCUUCAUGUUAGAAAACAAAAGGCACUGGAAGCAGAAUUAGAUGCUUAGCAUUUAUCAGAGAUUUUUGACAACAUAGAUUUAAGCCCAAAAGCAUCUCACCAUAAUAAGCAGAGACAUAAGCAAAAUAUAUAUAAUGAAUAUGUUUUGGAUUCCAGGCGACAUGAUGAUGGGAUUUGCAGAUCAGAGUGUUUUAAUACUGGUCAUACGACUGUACUUUCACCAUAUUUAAAUGCUACAGUAUUUCCCGUCUCCUCUUCCUCUAACAGAGGAAACAUAGAAAACUCUCAGUCUCAGAAAGACAGAAGUCUCGAUAAGGAUGGAGCAGUAGGUUUAAAUAGCUAUCAUCCAGCUACAGAGAAUACUGGGAACUUCUCUAAGAGAAUAGGAAUGCAGAUUACUGCUGCAGCUCAGAUUGCCAAAGUUAUGGAAGAAGUAGCAAGCAUGCAUAUUCCACAAGAAGACAGAAGUUCUUGUUCCACUCCUGAAAUGCACUGUUUGACAGAAGAUAGAAAUGUCCCAAGAAGAACAGCUGCUGCCCAUACUCACUCAAAUACAUGCUUUCCUAAAUCUGAUAAUUCAAACAGGACAUGUCCUAUGCUUUACACAAAACUGGAAUACAAGAGAGCUUCAAAUGAUAGUAUAGGUAGUGUCAGCAGCAGUGAUGGCUAUGGUAAAAGAGGCCAAAUGAAACCUUCCAUUGAAUCUUACUCAGAAGAGGAUGAAAGUAAAUUUCAUAGUUAUGAUCAAUACCCAGCUGACUUGGCACAUAAGAUACAUAGUGCAAAUCAUAAGGAUGACAAUGAUGAAGAGCUAGACACUCCUAUUAAUUAUAGUCUUAAAUAUUCAGAUGAACAUUUAAAUUCUGGAAAGCAAAGUCCCUUUCAGAAUGAAAGAUGGGCAAGGCCUAAGCAUAUAAGACAUUAUGAAAUAAAACAAAAUGAACAAAGGCAGUUAAGGAGCCAAAAUGAAACUUAUUCCAUGUACACUGAAAGUGAAGAUGAGAAGCGCAUGAAAUAUCAGUCACCUUUUGGACAGCAAGAGUGUGUUUCUUCUUUUAGAUCAAGAGGAUCCAAUGGCUCAGAGCAGAGCAGAGUAGGCUCAACUCUUGGAAUGAAUCAGAAAGUAAGCCAGUCCUUGUGCCAGGUUGAUGAUUAUGACAAUAAGCCAACCAACUAUAGCGAACGCUAUUCUGAGGAGGAACAACACAAAGACGAAGAAGAUAGACCAACCAAUUAUAGCAUAAAGUACAAUGAAGAGGAACAUCAUGUUGAUCAGCCUAUUGAUUAUAGUCCAAAAUAUUCAACAGAAGUUCCUCCCUCUUCUCAGAAACCAUCUUUUACUUUUUCAAACAGUUCAUCAGUGCAAAGCACUAAAACUGGCCAUAUUUCCUCAAGCUGUGAGAACGUAUCAACCCCUUCAGGUAGUUCAGAGAGACAGAAUCAGCUUCACCCAAGUUCUGCACAGAGUAGAAGCAGUCAUGCUCAAAAGACUGCCUCCUGUAAGACUCCCUCUAUUAAUCGGGAAACUAUACAAACUUACUAUGUGAAAGAUACACCAAUAUGUUUUUCAAGGUGUAGCUCUUUGUCAUCUUUGUCAUCAGCUGAAGAUGAAAUAGGACAUGUUCAGCCCACACAUGUGACAGAUGCUAAUGACAUAUUACAGAAAGCAGAACUAAAGGAAAACAAUGGGAUUCUGUCUACAGAAGAUGCAGUAAGUGAAGUUGCAUCAUCAUCUCAGCACAUCAGAACAAAAUCUAGUAGACUUCAGACUCCUAGUUUAUCUCCUUCUGACUCUUCUAGACAUAAAGUUGUUGAAUUUUCUUCAGGUGCCAAAUCUCUUUCAAAGAGUGGUGCACACAUUCCUAAAAGUCCACCAGAACAUUAUGUGCAGGAGACUCCACUCAUGUUUAGCAGAUGUACUUCUGUAAGUUCCCUGGAUAGUUUUGAAAGCCAUUCAAUUGCUAGUUCAGUUCAAAGUGAGCCUUGCAGUGGAAUGGUAAGUGGUAUUAUAAGUCUCACUAAUUUUCCAGACAGCCCUGGACAAACAAUGACUCCAAGCAGAAGUAAAAUUCCAUCCCCUGCUCAAGGAGCUCAAAUAAAGAGUGAAGUAGCUAAAGGCAAAGUACCUAAUGCAGAAAAGAAAGAGUCCCAACAGAGUGGAUCAAGUAAAGGACCUUCUAGAUCAGGAUUUAGAGAUUCCACUCCUUCUAGACCUCAACAGCAGCCAUUAAGCAGGUUUCUAAAAACUCUAGACUGAAAGUCAAGUUUCUCAGGAAGAAAUGGUAUAAGUCCUCUCAACAAACUGUCCCAGUUGCCAAGGACAUCAUCACCUAGUACAGCUUCAACUAAAUCUUCAAGUUCAGGAAGUUCAGGAAGAACUGUGUAACCGUAAAACCUUGAACAAAAUUAUUCUACCUGAACUAGAUUUUAUCUUAAAGUAAGUAGAAUUUUUUUGCUAUGCUGUAACUUGUUGUAUAUUCUGGUACUUGAGGUGAGGUGGCUGCUCUUCUAUUAAUGAGACAUGGGUGAUAUUUCAACGGACACUAAAGUGAACACUUCAGAAUAAAUUAUUGCUAUAUGUAAAUUGUAUGUGUUACUUCUGCAUUACAUAAAACCAGUGUAUUUUAUUUUGAGAUGUCACCUUAUAAUGCAUUGUAUAAUGUGCUUACACUUAAGGCUUGAUCCAGCAGAAUCUUACACCUCCAAUAUUCACUCUUCUUUAUCACUGACAAAUGGCUGUUGUAGGAUGUUUAUAAUCACAGCAGGAUCAGGCCCUAGGUCUGAAAUAGUUUCACACAUCUCAGGUGCAUAAC